GAUAUUCGGAUUAAGCCCGAUAUUCAUUUUCGUAUAAAUAGGAUACGAAUUUUAGGAAAAGACAACAGUUCGAUCCGAAUUGGGACAAGAUGUACGGCAAACUGAAUUUAUUGACACUAGUCGCCAUUGCGGCAGCGAGCCCGAUGUCGAAACCUGUGUUGAACCCCCUCACCCCGACCGGGCAGAUAAUCGGCGGUACGGACGCGCGGAUCGAGGAGGUGCCCCACCAGGUAUCCCUUCAGAGUUUCGGCUUCGGUUUCUGCGGCGGGAGCAUCAUCUCGAACGAGUGGGUGGUGACGGCCGCCCACUGCAUGUCCUACCCGGCCGAGUGGCUCACGGUCCGCGCUGGAACCGCGACCAAAUCCUCGGGCGGGAGUACCCACGGCGUUGCCGAGAUAAUCGUGCACGAGAAAUACUAUACGAACCGUUACGGCGUGCCCGAGAACGACGUGGCCGUGUUGAGGGUGAAGACUCCGUUCAAGUUGGACGCGACCCGCCAACCCGUCCAACUGUUCAAGCAGAACGAGGAAUCCGUGGCGGGUGUCGGCGCGGUCAUCACUGGAUGGGGCUCGGUCAUGGAGGGCGGUGGCACGGCCGAGAUACUUCAAACAGUCACAGUGCCGAUCGUUUCCAAGAGCUCGUGCGACGAAGCCUACAAAUCGUACGGGGGCCUCCCUUUCGGCCAGAUAUGCGCCGCCGUGCCCGAGGGUGGGAAAGACGCCUGCCAAGGUGAUUCGGGCGGUCCGAUGACCAUCAACGGCCGUCUCGCGGGCCUCGUCUCUUGGGGCUACGGCUGCGCAAGGCCCGGAUACCCAGGCGUCCACACCGAAGUCGCCGCCUUCAGCGAUUGGAUCGCCUCCAAGACCGGAAUCACGGUGUGAAAGUGGUUCCGCGAUAAAAGCUUCUUCCGCCCUUUCUUCUGUGUAAAACGUUCUUUGUUGCGCGAAAAAUUUCAAAAAUAAAAGAAAGAAAGGCACUCGUUCAAUUAGAAAUAUCGAUUUUCUCUUAAUAUCGUUGUAAGUAAUAUCUUGUGAAUUUUAUUCUCGUAUGUUUUUUUUCUUCUUUUUGUUCAGUAUGUAAAGAUUGUUAUCGUAAAAUAUAAUAAAAAAUUCGUUUUGAUUCGAAA